UUUUGCCAUUUUGGUCCUUCCCUCGUUUAGUAACCUGUUUUACUGAGACAGGAAGCGUAUUUACAACAAGUAGUGUUUAUGAUAGCUGGUCCUUGACAGGCAUGAAAACAAACUUAUGGGAAACCUGGGUAAUAAAAUAAGCAACACGUGUGAAGGACAAGUAAAUAUUAACAAUAAACUACUUGUUGGAAUACAAACUUUCAGAAUCGUAACUGCAACUGUGCGUCGAAAACUAAUAGCGUCGUGGAUUAUAAUUUAGUACUGGGCAUGUACAACUAUUGGGAAGACUAGAGGAUAAAACAAAUAUAUAUAUAUUUGUAAAAGAAAUACACGUUCUAACUCCGUUGCUGAUAUUUGAGGUUGGUUUAAAUUUCCCUCCUUUUUUAGCAAGGUGGUGAAAGAGGGGGACUUCUAGUAGAAUUCUGCCCUGCAGCCUGAGCUCAGGCCUCGGGGAUACAGUCUAGAAUUCUUCCCCGGGAAGGAAGAUAAGGAUACACGCUGGUUAUACACAUUUAUGUGGUUUAAAGGGGAAUAAGGAGUCGCGGGGGUUGGUUGUGUGUAUUGUAUUCAUAUUUUAACAAAAAUGGAUCAGCAGUGUGGUAGCUCUGCGUCUGCUGGUGUGCCUUCUUCCAAAAGCACCAAAGACAAGAAAUCAAAGAAAAAUCUGGAUGACGGAGACGGGAAAAAGAAAUUUACUCUGAAGCGACUGUUUCCUGAUGAGCUGGAACGCUUCACCAGCAUGAGAACAAAGAAGGAAAAAGAGAAGCCAUAUGUCUCCCAGCGGCACCCCUCUGUCUCACAUUACGAGGUCCCAGCUCCGUCUGCUAUGCUUAACGACCUGCCUGACAAUACUGUGCUGGAACUCUUUGAACAGAUGCUGGUUGAUAUGAAUCUGAAUGGUGAAAAACAGCAGCCUUUGCGAGCAAAGGACAUCUCCAUUAAGAGAGAAAUGGUCUCCCAGUAUCUGCAUACCUCUAAAGCUGGCCAAAGUCAGAAGGAGAGUUCUAAAUCAGCAGUGAUGUAUAUCCAGGAGCUGAGGUGUGGUUUAAGAGAAGGUCCGCUGCUGAGCUGCCUGGAGUCCUUACGAGUUUCGCUUAGUAACAAUCCUGUUAGCUGGGUCCAGAAUUUCGGAGCAGAAGGUUUGGCACUGCUGCUGGAUAUUUUGAAGAAAUUGCAGGAUGAUAAAGACGAUCCAUACAGUGCAAUUGGUGUUAAGUGUCAGCAUGAGGUCAUCAGAUGCCUAAAAGCCUUCAUGAACAACAUGCAUGGUUUAAAAGCCAUGCUGACGUCGGAGGAUGGGAUUCCCCUGCUUGUCCGAGCUAUCAAUCCCAAAGUACCUCAAAUGAUGGUUGAUGCUGUGAAACUGGUAUCUGCGAUCUGCAUUUUGGAUCACUCUGACAAUCUGCAUGUCAGUGAGCGUGUGCUGGAAGCCAUUACAGAGCAUGCUGAGAAUGAAGAUAUUGAGAGGUUCCAGCCACUGCUUUCUGGAAUGAGAAAUACAGGAGUAACUUUGAAGGCAGGUUGCAUGCAGCUGAUCAACGCCCUCAUCACUCGAGGUGAUGAAUUGGACUUCAGAAUUCACAUACGGAGUGAGCUGAUGAGACAGGGGCUGAAAGAUAUCCUUACGGAACUGCGUCAGGUUGAGAAUGAAGAGCUGAAAGUGCAGCUGUCUGUGUUUGAUGACCAUUCAGAAGAUGACUCUGAAGAGCUGAGAGCCCGGUUGGAAGAUGUGCGCAUAGAGAUGGAUGAUGUGACUGAAGUUUUCCAGGUCCUUCAAAACACUGUGAAAGACACGAAAGCUGAGCCUUAUUUCCUGUCCAUUUUGCAGCACUUCCUCCUCAUUCGCAAUGAUUACUUAGCAAGACCACAGUACUUCAGGCUUGUAGAUGAAUGUGUUUCCCAGAUAAUCUUGCAUAAGAAUGGUGCAGAUCCUGACUUCAGAUGUAAAAGGUUUAACCUUGAUGUAGAAGGAUUAAUUGAUAACAUGGUAGACCAAAUCAAAGUAGAGAAGAGUGAAGCUAAAGCUAUUGACCUGGAGAAGAAGCUUGAUAUUGAGCUCACUGCCCGACAUGAGCUCCAUGCAGAGCUGAAGAAGAAGGAGAGUGAUUUUGAACAGCAUGUGAAAGAUCUGAAUUCAGAGAAAGAAGCAGUGGUCUUGGAGAAGCAAAAUAAAGAAACUGAGAACAAACAACUGCAGAGCAAGAUUGACAACCUUGAAGAAGAGAUUAACAAGCUGUCUCUAGAACUGCAAGAUGCAAAAACCAAGAUCAUCACAGUGCCAGUUCCAGUGGCAGUGCCACCACCAGCUCCCCCACUACCAGGGCACAUCGGAAUUCCCUUGCCUCCUCCUCCACCUCCCCUUCCUGGGCAAGUGGGAAUGCCACCGCCCCCGCCCCCGCCCCCUCUACCAGGGCAAAUGGGCAUGAUGCUACCCCCUCCACCUCCUCCGUUACCAGGACAAGCAGGAAUGCCCCCUCCACCCCCUCCAUUACCAGGACAAGUAGGAAUGCCGCCUCCACCCCCACCAUUGCCAGGGCAAGCAGGAAUGCCCCCUCCACCCCCACCAUUGCCAGGGCAAGCAGGAAUGCCCCCUCCACCCCCACCAUUGCCAGGGCAAGCAGGGAUGCCCCCUCCACCCCCACCAUUGCCAGGUGGACCUGGGAUGCCACCCCCUCCUCCCCCUCCCCUAGGCGGGCCAGGGGCACCCCCACCUCCUCCCCCUGGCUGGGGGUUUUCUGUCCCAGUUCUUCCAUUUGGGUUGACGCCCAAGAAGGACUACAAGCCAGAGGUGCAACUCAAAAGGGCUAACUGGUCAAAGAUUGCUCCAGAAGAACUGUCUGAGAAGAGUUUCUGGACAAAGGUGAAAGAAGAUAAAUUUGAAAACAAUGAACUGUUUGCUAAACUCACCCUGGCCUUCUCCGCACAGACCAAGUCAUCUAAAGUGAAAAAAGAACAGGAUGGAACAGAUGACAAGAAAAUGGCUCAGAAGAAGAAGGUGAAAGAAUUGAAAGUGCUGGAUGGUAAAACUGCACAGAAUCUGUCUAUCUUCUUGGGAUCCUUCCGACUGCCAUACGAGGAGAUAAAGAAUGUUAUCCUCGAGGUCAACGAGAGCGUCCUCAAAGAGUCCAUGGUGCAGAACCUGGUUAAGCAGCUUCCAGAAGCAGAGCAGUUGAGUAUGCUGUCAGAAAUGAAAGGGGAAUAUGAUGAUCUGGCUGAGCCUGAACAGUUUGGUGUUGUGAUCAGCUCUGUGCCAAAGCUUCAUGUUCGCCUGAACGCCAUCCUGUUCAAGCUGCAGUUUGAAGAGCAGAUUAACAACAUCAAGCCAGACAUUGUGUCAGUGAUUGCCGCCUGUGAGGAGCUGAUCCAGAGUGAGAACUUCUCCAGGUUACUGGAGCUCAUCCUGCUGGUCGGGAACUUCAUGAACGCGGGUUCAAGGAACGCCGGCGCCUUUGGCUUCAGCAUCAGCUACCUCUGCAAACUUCGAGACACCAAGACUGCUGAUCAGAAGAUGACUCUCCUGCACUUCCUAGCUGAGGUCUGUCAGGAGCAGUAUCCAGAAGUGUUGCACUUCAUAGAUGAACUAACCCAUGUGGACAAAGCAAGCCGAGUCUCUGCUGAAACGCUACAGAAGAACGUAGACCAGAUGUUAAAGCAGAUUUCCAACUUGGAGAAAGACGUACAGGCGUUCCCUCCAUCCACCAAUGAGAAAGACAAGUUUGUGGAGAAGAUGGAAAGUUUUGUCAAGACUGCCCGAGAGCAGUAUGAGAAGCUGGCCCUCAUGUACAACAACAUGGAGAAGCAAUAUGAGGACCUGGGGGCCUACUUUGUCUUUAACCCCAAAAAGAUAUCUGUGGAGGAGUUCUUCGGGGACCUCAGCAACUUCAAAAGCAUGUUCCUGCAAGCUGUGAAGGAGAACCAGAAAAGGAAGGAGGCAGAGGAGAAAAUCCGCAAGGCAAAACUGGCGAGGGAGAAAGCAGAGAGGGAGAAAGAAGAGAAACAGAAGAGGAACCAACUCAUCGACAUUAAUGCCGAAGGUGACGAAACUGGAAUUAUGGAUGGCCUGAUGGAAGCCUUGCAGUCAGGUGCCGCCUUUAGGAGAAAGAGGGGCCCUAGGCAGUCGGCCAACAGAAGAGCUGGCAAUGCUGUGACAUCCCUCCUGGCCAAAGAGCUGAUGCAGGAGGACGUGAUUGACGCUGCACCACUGAAAAAGAAGAAAGAACAAAAGGUUAAAGAGAAAACAAUGGCUGAACCAGAACAGGAAGCACUAGAAGAUAUUUUAGAGGCUGUGCCUGCCAGAUCCAGUUAAUAAUGAAUCAAUUCAGAAUGAAGAACACAGAUCAUGACUGCAGCCUAAGUGAAAUGACUAGCUUCACUCAAAUAUCAGUGUGGGUUGUCUUUAUUUGGUACCUGUAGUACAGGCUGUGGGUUCUUCUACAGGAGUUCUUUAUGAAGAUGGUCCAUAGCAUUCUACUUGGUGAGGGACCAUUUCUUCUCAUCAUCCCACAGUAUGGAUGCUGAAUGUUACUAUUUACACUGGAUUGGGGUUAACUUUUUAGUGGCGCCUAACAUGCUUAUACAUACCAUAUUUUAUCAUACAAUCUAAUUUAUAUCUGUGCAUAUUCCAGACUUUACUGUUUCUACAAACUUUCUGAGGCCUAUUAUCAUCCAUAAACACUUUUUUAUUAGCAUAGAAAUGGAAUAUUUAAAAUUAACUUUAAUCUUGUUGGUCAAAUUAGAUUAAACACUGCAAGGGACAGUUUUGAGCAGAUUGUGCUGGCUCACUGUUUGGCUGAAAUUGACUAAAAAAUUGUUUUUCAGGUUGCUGAUUUAAAAAUACUGUAGGGUACAUUGUAAAGUAGAUAUAUUUAGUUAUAACAAGUGCCAAUCUGCCUUACAUCUGCACAUAUUUCAACUAAUACAAUUCUUUUCAAAUGAAAAGGUGCUGAUAAGAAAGUAGACUUCCUCAUCGAUUGUUUUAUAAUGUGUUUGUACUUGUUUACUGUAUUUGGCUACCAUAGUCGGGUACCUCUGUACCUUUGGGUACUUUUUUGUUUUGUAUGUCUUAUCUUUUUAUGAAGUAGUUUCUUAAACAUAUUUAUACAAGCACUGGAUAAAAAAAUAUAUAUGUGCAUCUUCUCGGUAAAUUGCAUACUUUCCUGUUGGUUUUUAGUCAGCUUCAGCCAUAAGUUGACAUGUUCACAAUGGUGUGUAUUCCCUAUAAAGCUGUGAACAUGUGGUUGGCUCCCAAAACUGAGAAACAUGCUUCCAUGAAGGAGGAGGAGCAUAAACUAAGACCUGAAGAUGCGCGUUUCAUUUUGGGGGUCAGACUUGGAACAGCAUUAUGAAACAAACUUAUAUUUGAAAUAGAAUUGAUUUAAAGAGAGAAAAAUGUGAGUUUUAUACAUAUAGUAUAAAAAAAUGUUUAAAUAAAGUGAAAAACAUGUUAAUGGGAUUCAUAUCCGGGGGUUUAUUAAAAAAAAAAAUCCUUUACAUGUAAGGAUAUACAGAGACGCCCAGCUUUGAAAUUCAUGUAUAAUAUAUUCAGCUGUAUAACUUGGUAUUCUGCUCAAAUAAUAUACAAACCUUAUCCAA